CGCCCUCCCGUCCAAAAUCCCACCCACCCAAACUCGCGCCGCCGCCGGAGGCAGGGGCUGAGCACAGGCCCGGGCAAUCUUCCUCUUUCCCUCCUCGCCGCUACCAGAUGCUCCGCCGCAGCCUCCCCGAGGCCGGGUCCUUCUUCCGCCGGCUCCUCGGCCGCGGCUCGCUCGAGGGUGGGCCAGCUGCUGGCGCCACUGCGCCUUUCCGGCAUUUCGUCGAACAGCUUGUAGGCGGGGCGGCCCCGAUCUCCCGCGCCCCCUCCACCCUCGCCUCCGCCUCCGCGGAGCGUGGGACCGGAGGAAGCGACCAGGCUUCCCUCACGGUCCACUUCCUCCGCCACUCCUGUGGCCUCGAAGAUGCCGACGCCGCGAAGGCGGCCGAGCGCCUGCACCUGCGCUCCACCAAGAACGCGCGCGCCGUGCUCGCGCUCCUCCGUGACACGCUCGGUAUGCCUCCCGCCUCCGUCGCGCGUCUCGUCGCCGCGUACCCCGCGGUCCUCUCCUCGCUCACACUCGGCGCUAAGCUGGACUUCUACCUCCGCGAGCUCGGCCUCUCCCCCGCCGAGUUGCGCCGCUUCCUCCUCGCGAGCCCCAACCGCUUCCUCACCGCGGGGCUCGACACCCGCCUCCGCCCCAACCUCAGCCUCCUCAGGAACCUCCUCGGCACCGAAGAGAACGUGCUUGCCGCCGUCAAGCAGUCCAUGGAGCUCAUCUAUGACAACCUCGAGAUCGUCUUGCUCCCCAAGCUCCAGGUGCUCCGCGACCACGGCGUCACGGAGGAGAUCCUCGUCAAGCUCGUCACCACCCACCCAAAGGCGCUUGUGCACAGGUCCACCCGCUUUGAUGAGGGCUUGGCCGCCAUGAAAGACCUCGGGGUGAGCCCAGACUCCGGCAUUUUCCCCUACACCUUUGGGGUGUUUGCCAAAAUGUACCAGUCCAAAUGGGACCGCAGGAUGCAGAAUUACUUCAGCCUGGGAUGGACCGAGGAGCAGGUCAGGCGGGCAUUUGUCAGGCACCCCUACUGCAUGACGGUGUCCGAGGACAAGGUCAAGAAAUGCAUGCAGUUCGUUGCUGAAAAGCUUGGCUGGAACCCUGAUUAUUUGGCAUCGUGCCCGACUAUUCUUUCCUUCAGCCACGAGAAGCGGGUAUUGCCGAGGUACAGGGUGCUUGACAUACUGGUGUCCAGGGGUGUCAUCAAGAACGGCAUCAGGAUGAGCCAUCUGACAAUGUCGGAAAAGAAGUUCAAGGAAAAGUACGUGGAUGGAUACCACGAAGAUAUUCCUCAAGUACUGGAAGCUUAUGGAGCAAGAACAGUAGCAUGAUGAUUCUGCCUCAGAUCUACCAUGGAACAAAGGCACUGUAUCCCUUGUCCUCAGCUGUUUGAUUUUGUUGGGUGCUUUUCUUUCUGAUAUCAUAGGUGCAAUGAACUCGGAUUUAAAUUUUGUUGGCUUCACUGCUGAUUUUUUUAAUGGUUAGGCAUUUCAGUGGUAAACUGGUAACUAUGUAUAAUAGUAAAACUAUGGCUAUGGGGAUAACACUCAUUCACUCAACAUGUCAAAUUCAA